AUGGAACAGCAGGCAGAAACACAACAGAAAUGGAAUGCAAGACUCAUAAAAACUCAACAUACUAGCCAAUCAAAUACUCAACAAAACAUAAUAGAGUUAGAAAAAAAUAUGGAGACUGCACAAGUAAAUGAUAGUGAAGAAAUAAAUUAUAAGACAACCAACAGAAAGUUCCCAUCAUUAACCUAUAUAUCUAAAGAAAAGAUGAAUGCAAUUCAAGAUACAGAAGCUGAACGAAAGAAUUUUGAUGUAGCAGCUACAAAAAGAGCUAGAGAUGAGUGGCAUUAUAAUAGAUGA